AUGGACGUAGCAGAAUCUUUAAAAUUGUCUCCCCAAGACAUACAAUAUGUGGUGGAGAAUAUCUUUUUGCCUCCAAAGCUCCCACAGAAUGGUGACGAUGCCUACAUUGUGGCUCACGAGGCUUCCAUGUUAGCUAUCGUCGCCGAUGCGCUCCAGAAAUUCAGCACCACCAUCCAUGCAAGCGACAAGAUCGCAAUCGAUGAGGCGGUGAAGGCCAUUCAGCGUUUUCGUAAGAUCAUUGAUGGAAGCGGAUUCUUGAAUGAAGAUCUGCUCCGCGAGGGAUUCUAUGACCUCAAUAAGAAUGGGGGUUUCUUGUUGCUUCAUGUGAAAGCACAGAAUGCCGGUAUAGUCAUAACAUGCGAUAAAGACAACGCUGUGUUUGAGCCAUUUGAACUGUCACCACAGAACGAAAGGGUAAUGGCUAUCUCGGGACGUCUCAAACGCUCUUUUCCGGCUUCUUCAACUGCUGUGAGCCUCGAGGUAUUCAACCAAGAGCAAUGUCAGGCCGGUCUUGCAAACACAAUCGCGACAAUGAGUUACCAAGAAGUGUCUGAAAUGAAACCAAAGAUAACCAAGGCUGGUGACCAACACAUUGAGGAAAGAGAUACUACCGCUCCAACAAUUGUAACUGAUUUCUUGGUAACCGGUCUUAGCGCCAUUGGCCGGCCGUCUCAAGGAUCUAAAAUUUGGAAGAAUACUCGGGAAGAAGUUCUCUGGUCUAAUGCUGAUUCACCGUGGCAUAGGUCGUCGGUCUGGCUACUUGUUCGCGUGGCAAUCCAGCUGUACCUCUCACGCUCAGCUUCAAACAAAGAGCUAUACAAGGAGUUUAUGGUAUUCUUUAUGGCCUACAUUUUGCAGUGUUGUGAGGCCCAUGACCUCCCCAGCGAUAUAUAUCACUGCAUGAUGGCCAAGAUAUCCAAGCGCCUGAUCAAGAUUGACCGGCACAAAGCCUAUCCAUGGAUUGCGACAGUUGAAAAAGUUUUGCGCAAUUGCCAAAGCCAAAAUGAAGAGAGAUGGAAUGUUAUCAUGCGAAAAAAUGAAACUCUUGUGGAUAUUCAUCCACUGUCGGCCAACGAAAUCUCACAAGGGAGGUUUGUAACAUGCCAAAAGAUUGACCAUUUCAUUGAGCAAAUUUACAGUCGACAAGUAAUUGAGGCUGACAAAGACUUCACGCCACCAUGGAUUUUGGAAAAGAAUGAAAAAGACGACUUACCAUCUCUUGAGGCUAUUAGCCCCAAAGAGCAGAGCACAAUCCCUUUCUAUUUAUCCGCCUUUGAAACCUGGGUUGAAACUUCUCUAUAUCCGUGGUUAACCUCUCAUAUUUUGGAGGAAGAUACAUGCGAGAGGCUUUACAAUACUACUGAAGCCUACUACAACCUUGCGUUGAGCCAGUAUGAUGAGGAUCCGGAGAGUAUUUCCAUCAUGUUGCUAGUCAUUAUGGAACUCUGGGUUGCUUGCGACAAAGCCGCUACCCAGCAUCAUCCACUCAUAUUGAACUAUAGGUCGGAGAUGCCUCAUGAACUACUGCAGUCUCUCAUCUUGCCGCUUAGAGGGCAGAUGGAGCGACUAAAAACUGUGGAAGAUUAUUUGGAACAGCGGCGUGCUCGCGCCUAUUUCUCAUAUCCCUCCAUCUUUCACUCGUUUGGACACGUACACUCUUUUUCAGUCCAAUACUUUGACAGUUCUCCAGCUCAUCAGACAUUGCUUCGGGACAUUGAACAAGAAGCAGAAUCAGCGCGACAGAGAAAGAAAGACGAAUUCUCUAGGCUUAAAAAUGAAUACGAAAACUGGAUAAAGCUCUAUAACAGCGCUAGCCAUGACUUUGAGGAUGUCGUGAACUGGAAGACGGGGGUUUCAAACUCUGAGCAUAGCUCUUCCUGUAGUAAAUGCGACUACCUGGAUAAGGCCGAAACACUGCGUAUUGACAUUCAUGAAUGGCCACUUCCCGAGAAGAGGCUCGACGCGCAAUCGACGGUUUUUGAGCUGAAGGUCCCAAAAUGCUUCAAUGACUGGCGUAAUAUGUCAUCAUUCUGUCGAAUUCAUGUCUUGGGGUCACUCUAUGGUGGUAGCGGUGAUCAGCCUGCUGAGUGGACUCUGGGCCUUUACCUGCCUUCUUAUUACGAUAACGCCGCGCGUACGAUAAUUCUCGCGUCCACUACAAAGCCAAACGUACAUUCUCACAGGAGGUCUAAGCUGGUUAAAACUGCAGUGUUGCAAGAUGUGUUGGUGGCGAAUGGCAUGAGAUACGCUUAUUACGAUGCCGAACAACGUUGCUACAUAUCCGAGAUUCAUUGUACAGACGACGUUCCCAAAAUGUGCACCUACACUCUUUCACAGCAGUGCGCCAGCCUCCAAGACUUCAUUUUCCGGCCUCACCAUAAGCCAAACGGAUUGACACCAAACCAUGUUAUUUCGCGACAGGCAAUGUCUCCAGAUCAUCUUUCCCUCGAAGAAUUCAAGGCUAUGGCCAGUAUUCCAGUUGGAUACCGCCUUGGGUGGCAGAAUAUUCUAGUGAAUCUUCAUACUCCAGCACUAGAUUUCAGGAAACUUGAUACAGUGUUGAUUCUGUUGCAAACCAGCCGACAAGCCGGACCUCCGUUACCAAAAUCUGCCCUCAGAGGGAGCCACCAGGAUCUGGACGAUGAAAUGUUCGCUGCCACGCUCCUGCAGGGUCUUCGGCUAGCACUAGCCAGAAUCAGCGAAAAUUGGGAAUCUUUCCAAGCACUGUUUGCUUUUAUCUCGCUCGGAACAAGACUUUUAUCUUGGGCACCAUGUCUGGCUAUAUCGCGCGAUUGUGCUUCCUUCAUUAGAGAUUGUCGGAAAGUGGCCCUUGUGUGGCUUCGCAGCCUGCAGGAUCGAGUAAAAGAAGCUCAAGAUGAAACGCAACGAAUAGAGCUUAUUGAAACAGUGUUCCAAGUAGCUCUGGUGUGUAUGGCUUCCUUCUACGUCGAUGACAAGCAUUUACAGCGGAUUGUGAAGAAUCCGGAAGAGGCUUGUAUAAUGAUCGAAUCAUCGAUUGCUAUUCAGUCUACCAUGCAAUUUGCGAUGAAGCCGGAAGAUGCGUUCUACCGCAGCGCAGCUAACCGCUGGCAUCAGUGCAUGUACCAGGCUCAUCAAUUGUAUAUUGAAGAGAUAUUGUGUGGCCGCAGUUCGUGGCUAGAUGAAGCCAUUGCAAAUACUUGGUCAACAUAUCCUGGCGGUGGAGAAUGGAAAACCCUUUCUACCGCAGCCGAUCACUGGCUUGUGACACGAACAGUGGCUGCAAACGGACUUGGCUCUCUGAAUGUAUAUUUCAACCUUUUGACGGCCGAGUUGCUUGUCAACGGGCUGCCACUGUCGCGAUUGCCGGUGGAAUACGAGAGGCAUCAGAGUUAUGAGACGUAUUUCGGAAGGUCAAUGGUGGAAGUAAUGCCGACGGACAUGCCUGGUAUGCAAUUUUCCUCCAAAGGGGUUUACCACGACUACAAAAUAUAUUUUGGUCUCAGUGAUUUCGAACAGAAAGACCUUCUCUUGGUGGCGGUCAGAGCAGGAGAGAGGGAACAAGAGGAUACAUUUGACCUCAUUCCACCACGAGUCUUCAAUCAAAUACUACCAAAGCAUUUCAUCGACGAUUAUUCUCAUUGGUAUCGUCGGGGAACCGGCCAGAUCGAAUUUCGACCAAAGUCCUCGCCUUGGGACUUACCGUUGGAGUGUUGGAGAAUGAGGAAGCUGGAGCCAUCCUUUCACUCAGGCUGGAUUAUGGAGAAAAGCGGCCAGUUUCUCCUUGGCCUCACUGACAUAGCGGUACACCGCCUUCACAAGCUGUUGGCUCCGCUUGAACACCCCGAUUACAUACACGUCAUUGCCAACUCAGACUUCAAUCGGGUCAACAUCGCAUUGCCAAGGUUCCAGCUAGAGUUUUGGUCAGACCAAAAAUCAGAUAAGGUCUACAGCCGUCAAUUUCGCGAUAUGCAUAUAGAUCCCUGUCAAAACAUUGGUGUGUUGAUUGGACUUGAGAGCAAAUUAGUCUUAACAGAUGAUCUGCAAAGACGCAAGCUGCUCCUACCAAGCGGUAAAGCUAAGUGGUACGGCUGUGAGGAUCAUAUUCGUGUCUUCAUUCCUUAUGGAAUUUCUGAAAAGGUCCAUUUCUACGAUGUUGACACGCUAUUAGGGCGACUUGUGGACAAUGGGAGCUUGCAGAGCAAGCUGAUAAUGUGCUAUCUUCAUGCUCUCACUUCACAUUGCCUUCCUGACCCUCUGACUGGAAUGACCGGCACAGAAGCGGCUCUCAUGAUCCUUGAUUCAGCAGCCGUUAGAUCGUUCCGGUGCUUAUCAGAGGAAAACCUUGAACGUCUUUACUGCAUUGCAAAAAUAUCUCCUAGCAGACGCUACUAUCCAGAAUACAUGAGAGUAAUGGAAAGCACUUCGUGGGAUCCCUGUCUGAGUAGCCUGUCUCAGCACAUCGGGUUCCAUAGGUCUGUCCAGUCAAUCCUACGCCAGGCCGCAUCGUUUAAAUUUUUCUAUCCUGACACUUAUAUUGAACCACAGGCCCUUGACAGGGUAGAGCCGCUACUAGAAGAACGUCAAGCGAUCCGAUCUUCUUGUUUUCACCUGUUCGGGUUUGGCGCUGAAGACUUCGCCUCUUCCAAAGACAAUUUCUAUCAUGGGCGAGAUAGGGUCUCGUUUUCCGACAGAUAUAAUCGUUCUUUUAAAAUAGCAAGAUCUCUGUUCACAAUGCGGGCCAAUCUUUUUGAAGCUAUUCCAUCCAAUUUUGCGGAUAUCCUUUGGGCAUACCUGUCUAAAGGCGACAGCAUGCUGGGCCCAGACACCCCCCUGCCUGACAGCGUUAUCUCUUAUGAUGCGAAAUGGCUGGAAGAUGCCAGGCCACUUCUUAGCUCGCACUGGUGCCAGCUCUACCAUACCCUGGGAAGACAACAAAAUAACAUUAACACGUUCCAGGCUAUGUUCUGUCUUGCCGCAAUGGGCUACUCCGAGUCCUGUAACUUACAGGUUAUACAAACUCUAGUCGCAUGCGCAACUAUGUCGUCUGUUGGAGGUACAAUUGUACCCAAGUCUCAAUCCUAUCAAUUGUCUGACGGUCACAAGGUUGCCUCAGCCUGGUUGCAGCAUGUUGCUAGGUGCAAUUCCAAGCCUUUCUCGGACUCCCCUGAUUCUCACAUGAGCCCUUACCACAGGGAAUCCAUGUCAAGCUUGACGAAUAGGCGCUACCAAAAUUUCCAUCAAAAUUUGGACACGGCUGUAACAGAUUUUUCAGCUUCUCUGCAAAGCCAAUGGAUUUGCGAAAAUCUUCAAACUCCAUCCAGCUGCAAUAUUUCGACGUAUAUUUAUUUAGGUCGAGCCAUGGAAGUCGUGCGAAAGAGGUGGAUUAGCUGGCUCUCCAAUAAUCGACUGUAUGAUCACUUUGUUGAGAUCGUAAAUGUCCUUCGACGCUAUUCCGUCGAGUCGAUUGAUUGGGGUCCGCGUAUUGAAACACCACCAAUCCCUACAAAAUCAGCCAAACGAGUCUUUUUCAACGAUUGUGAUCUUUUUGAAAUCUUCGACCCUCCGCUACCGCAACCAGUUAUCCAGGGUACAAUUCCAGAGCUUUUGGGUUAUAGUGCCGAUCGCGCCAAAAACUAUUCCAAUGGGGCGGCUCUUGUAGAGCGACUGCAACGGGACAAUGCACGACGACACCAUCAUCAGUCCAGCUAUGUAUCAGAUCUCGAAAAGAGUUUCGAAAAGUUAAACCUUCAAGAUCAUCAGUAUUUUAUUAAAUCUUAUGGGGAAGAUCUUGUUGGUGAAUUGGACAAGAAUUUACAACGUUGCAAAGAGGAUGCAGACCGAAUUUGCGAAGCUUUGACGAUAGCUAUGCGACCUACGACUGGCAAUGCAUCAGACACUGAGACAACGCUGGCAAUAUCGCUUUUUAUGGCACCUAGAGUUUCCCCAGCCUUUUUUCUGCGGCAAUUGGCGAGCAAAUGGUGGAACAAAAUACCUAAUCAGUGGAAACAGGCUAUCGUCGACUAUGGGCUGGCAUUGUCUAGACUACAACGCGCUCGACGCAUGAGAUACUUACACGACAACCGGGAUGACCUUAUGAAAGAGCUACUCAAUGUUGGCCAUCGCAACUGGCAACCUCUUGAUUACCCCAAGUCUCUGCUACUCGAAAUCGAAAGCGACAUCUUAAUCCGGGAGAAUCAAGAAAGUGUAGCCGCAAAUAUGAGGGCGCCUCCGAAUGGCAAGAAUGUCACUAUGCAGCUAAAUAUGGGCGAAGGGAAAUCAUCCAUCAUUGUUCCUAUUAUAGCAGCUCACUUGGCAGACGGAUCUCGACUUGUACGCGUUAUUGUUACAAAACCACAGGCGAAGGAGCUCCAUCGUAUUCUUGUCACCAAAUUAGGCGGAUGGUUGGGCAAACGAGUGUACUAUAUGCCCUUUUCUCGAUCCUUGAGACUGACGGCAAAUGACUGCAAAUCAUUGGACAGCAUUUAUAGAGAUUGCAUGAAAUUGGGUGGAGUUCUUCUUUCACAGCCGGAACACAUACUUUCCCAAAAGCUCAUGGGCAUCGAAUGCCUUCUUUCUGGACGGGAAGAAGUCGGACGCGUUUUAUUGGACACACAACGAUUUCUGGACCGCAACACUAGAGAUAUCGUUGAUGAAAGUGACGAGAAUUACAGUGUAAAAUUCGAAUUGAUAUAUACGAUGGGAACUCAAAGGCCAAUUGAGCUCAGUCCUGACCGCUGGAUACUCGUCCAAAAAGUGCUUAGUCUCAUGUCGCGAAUAGUGCCGCAGAUACAGGAGAGCUUCCCCGAUUCUAUCGAAGUCAAUUACCAUGCUGAAGGAUGCUUCCCCAAAACUCGUAUACUUCGACAGGACGCCCUAGAUAGUUUGAUGAACCAACUAUCUCAUCAAAUCUGCAACGUCGGACUUUCUGGUUUUCCGGUAGUUCACCAGCAACCAAGCACACAAGAUGCUGUACUCAAGUAUAUUUCAACUGCGUUUCUUUCCUCUGAACAGAUAACUGCAGUGGAACAGUGUUCUUUUUAUACUGAGUUGACCAAAGGGCCAUUGCUUCUCCUCAGAGGCCUUAUAGCAGAGGGCAUCUUAGGAUUCGUUUUCGAGCAGAAGCGUUGGAGAGUCAACUAUGGGCUUGCUCCCACCCGGCAGCCUGCUACGAGACUUGCUGUGCCCUACCGAGCAAAGGAUAGCCCAACUCCAAGAUCCGAAUUCAGUCAUGUAGAUGUUGUCAUUGUACUCACAUGCUUGAGCUACUACUACGGAGGAUUAUCUGAUGAUGACCUCUUUUUGUGUUUCGAGCACCUAAUGAAGUUGGACCAAGCUGAAAGCGAGUAUUCGGAGUGGAUCCAAUUUGCUCCAAGUCUUCCUGAGUCAUUCCAUCGCCUUGUCGGAGUGAACAUCAAGGACCGUUACCAAGUCACCCAUCGUCUGUUCCCUCAUCUCCGAUACUCGAAAAACGUCAUUGAUUAUUUCCUUGCGCAUAUUAUCUUUCCCAGAGAGAUGAAGGAAUUUCCAGAAAAGCUUUCCGCUUCUGGCUGGGACAUUGGACAGCAAAAGAUUCAUCCUACAACGGGAUUCAGUGGCACUAAUGAUUCACGCGAUCUUUUGCCUCUUGAGAUUGAACAGUUGGAUCUUGACGAUCAACUACACACCAAUGCCUUGGUCCUUGAAAGGUUGUUACAGUCUGAGAAUAGCGUUGUACUUAUGUCACGACCAAAGGAAGAAGCACCGUCGGGCAACGCAUUCCUAACAUUUGCUCGGUCUCUGGAUCCUCCAGUUCAUGUCAUUCUUGAUGUUGGAGCACAGAUAAUUGAACUCACUAAUAUCCAAGUCGCGCAGGAGUGGCUAAAGAUUGUCCCUGUCGAAAAAGAGAAAGAAGCGGUGGUGUUUUUCAAUGAUGCUGAUGAACUAUGCGCUAUAGAUCGCAAGGGAUACGUCGAAAAGCUGCAAACAUCUGCUUAUUCUCAUCGGCUGGAUCUUUGUCUCGUAUAUCUUGACGAAGCUCACACUAGAGGAACAGAUCUCAAGCUCCCAACUGGCUACAGAGCUGCGGUUACUCUGGGUCCUAGUCUGACCAAAGAUAGAUUGGUGCAAGCAUGCAUGAGAAUGCGGAAACUUGGCCAAGGCCAAUCCGUCGUAUUUUGUGUACCAGAGGAGAUCCAGACAAAGAUUUGCUCGGCAACUGGCCUCUCAGGUAGCAAUAAGAUUUGCGUUAUGGAUGUCUUGCAUUGGGCAAUUUUUGAGACGUAUGCUGACACGAGGCGAAAUAUGCCGUUGUGGGCCGUGCAAGGAGAGAGAUUUGAGCGUCAAAAGGCUAUAUGGGGCGAAGUAACAGACGAAAAGUCACGCCAGUUGUCGAUAGAGGAAGCACAAAUGCUUCUCGAAGUUGAGGCGCAGUCGAUGGAAGAUAGGUAUAGUCCUCGUUUGAUGGCGCAUACAAACCCCAAGUUACCUUCUUCAUCGGAAAACCGCGCUAUAUUGGAAAUACAAGAGCGAUGCAAGCAAUUCGAUUGCCUGGGCAGCCAGCAAUCCACUCUUCUUGAAGAACAAGAACGAGAAUUGUCGCCAGAGAUGGAGCAAGAACGACAGGUACAAAGGCCACAUCCAGCUGAUCCCAGAAAGCACUCGCUGCACCCUGACGUUGUUGAAUUUAUUAAGUCUGGCAAAAUGCCCUCUUCAUCUCCAGCGUUUAUACCUGCUUUUCAGACUCUGUGGAACACUAGUGCAGCGAACAGUUUCGACGUCCAUGAGUUCCCAGAAAGCAUUGUUACGACACUAGAUUACAAGGACACUGUUGCUCUUAGUGGCACCGCCUCAUUGCUGGAUUCCUAUCAGCGACCAGUGCAAUGGAUAUUGAGUACCACUGGAAAUGGCAAUUCGGUUCAGCGCCUGGUGAUUAUCAGCCCCCAUGAAGCUCAGGAGCUGAUGCCAUCCAUUAGGACUUCAAACCAUGUAGCGCUUCAUCUAUACGGCCCCCGGCCAAAUCUAGCCUUUUCGUCGUUGGAUUCACUGCAACUCUACCCAACACCGCUUCUCGGAAGAGAUUGGCACCUGCCGUCUUCUAUGCGAUUACUGUUAAAUGUCUUCUCCGGUCAAUUAUAUUUUGCUUCCUAUGCCGACUAUGAAGGGACAUGCAAAAUGAUGAGUUUAGCAACAGAGACCGGAGCAGUGGUGGAAGCGGAUGGAUUUAUCCCUAACAGUGCUUGUGAUCAAGACGGAAUAUUCACAAAGAGUCCUGUCAAAUUCCUCAAAAUUCUGCUGACAAAGGUUCGUCGGGAUUGCGAGGGAAUAGAUAAAACACAUUGGGGAAGAUUUUUUUCGGGUGAUUUAUUGCGCAGAGAAGACUUUGGCACCGGAGCAGAUGGUUGA